CCUUCCUCUUCCCCUUCCCACCUGUUCCAUCUCAGGACAUCACCAUGGUCGUCAGGAACAUUGCAAUCUUUACUGGAGGUGCCGUCAUUGGUGCUGUUGCCAUGGGUGGUUACUUCAAGUCUAAGCAAGAGACUAAGCCCGUACCCCUGACGACCCAACAGCAACAGCAACAGACGCCGACUGUCCCAACGCCACAAUAUACACCAUUAUCCCAGGUGCCCAUCAAAAAUACGAAUAUUUCUUCACCAUCUCCAUCACCCCCUGUAGUUAUACGCCCCCCUCCAGGUCUCCCUGCUGGUAAUUCGCGCAAGAUUUUACCUUUUGGAUUUCCGGGACCAGUGAACGAUGUAUUUUCAAGAGAGGCAUAUGUCGCUUCUUAUAAUCGCCAAUUUCGUCACCCCAACUGGGUCGCUGAACAUCUUACUGCAGCAUCUUUAGUAGCAGGUGAUGGCGUUGUUCGGGGUAAUAAUUUUAUGGAAGAUACCCUCAUCCCUGACCUGUACAAGGCUCAUCUAGCGGAUUACUUCCGUUCAGGAUAUGAUCGUGGCCAUAUGGUCCCUGCAGCGGAUUGCAAGAGAAAUCAGAACGCCAUGGAUGAAACGUUUUAUUUAUCCAACAUUGCACCCCAAGUCGGCAAUGGCUUCAAUCGUGAUUAUUGGGCUCAUUUUGAGAAUUUCUGUCGAAAUCUGACAAAAAAAUAUUCAGAUGUUUAUGUCAUUACUGGACCACUGUAUCUUCCACAACAGGACCCGACAAACGGCAAGUUUUUUGUAAAGUACGAAGUCAUUGGCAAUCCUCCUAAUAUUGCAGUUCCCACACAUUUCUACAAGGUUAUUUUGACGGACAAGGGCAAUGGUGAUAUGACAAUCGGCGCUUUUGUUCUACCAAACGACAAGAUACAGAAUGAGGUCCCACUCACAGCUUUCCAAGUACCAGUUGAAGCUGUGGAAAAGGCUUCUGGACUCAAGUUCUUCGAGAUGUUGGAGCGGAAGGCCCUAAAGAACUUGUGCAAGGAUACAGAGUGCAAGAUUUUGAUCCAUCCCAAGAGUCUCCAGAACAGAGAUCAAAAGGCGCUCCCUGCGCAUUAAACUCUAUUGCAGAACCAUUAUAGAUACCGGCGUUAUGAUUGCAAGGAUAGUUAUAUGUAUUACUCCCAUUAGAUAUUUUAAUAGACGUUACUGAAAGAAAAAAGAAAUACAAAAAUAG